GUCGCAGACAUCUCAUAUAUUUCCAGAAAGCCAAGACGUGAAGACUAGUAAGCUACUUGAUCCAAUCUUCAACCAUCGUCAUCCCUAUCAACUCAAACACAAUACAACAAUACACCAUGACGACCUUUGAAGGUUUCUCCCCCUUCACAGUAACAACCCAAACCUCGCCCGACGUCGUCAUCCACGGCAUCAAAAGCGGCGACGCAACCACUUCCUCCCUCCCACCCCUCCUCCUCCUCCACGGCUUCCCCCAAAGCCACCACAUCUGGCACAACGUCGCAACCGCCGUCAAAGACCGCUACACCGUCAUCGCAAUCGACAUCCGCGGCUACGGCAACAGCUCGAAACCAGAUGGCGUCCCCUCCUACGCAAAAUCCGCCAUGGCGCGGGACUGCAUCGCCGUCAUGGACUCCCUCGGCUACACCUCCUCCUCCAACAACUCUGCCUUCUACGUCUGCGCCCACGACCGCGGCGCGAGGGUCGCGCACAAGUUAUGCGUAGACUUCCCCUCCCGCAUCCGCAAAGCCAUCUUCCUAGACAUCUGUCCCACGCUGGUGAUGUACAAGACCACGAACCUCGACUUCGCCAAGGCGUAUUUCCACUGGUUCUUCCUGAUUCAACCCUCGCCCCUCCCAGAAACCCUCAUCAACGCCGCGCCGCGCAAGUUUCUCGAACUCUUCAUGGGCGGACGCCAGCUCACGGGUCUGCAAAUCUUCAGAGAGGAGGACUUUGACUUCUACGCGCAGGUCAUGGGCCAGCCGGAGGCCGUGAGCGCCAUGUGCAACGACUACCGCGCGAGCGCGACGUUGGAUCUCGAGGAGGCGGAGGCGGAUUUGCGGGAGGGGAGGGUGUUGCGGACGCCGCUUGUUGUGCUGUGGGGGAAGCACGGGGUGAUUGAGAAGUGUUUUGAUGCGGUGGGCGAGUGGAGGAAGGUUGCUGGGGAGGGGGUUGAGGUUCAGGGGAGGAGUGUGGAGAGCGGGCAUUAUAUCCCGGAGCAGGCGCCUGAUGAGGUUGUCAAGACGAUCAACGAGUUCUUUGUGUGA